AUGCCCGAUUCUCACAACGGCGUCAACGUGCUUCAACGAUCUCCCGUGUUCAGGAGGCUUUGCAAUGGGGAACCACCGCCGUGCAACUACACCGUCAACGGCCGGGACUACAACAUGGGGUACUAUCUUGCCGAUGGUAUCUAUCCUCAGUGGGCGGCAUUUGUGAAGGCCAUAGCCGAGCCGCGUGGCAAUAAACAGAGCCACUUUGCAACAAUGCAGGAAGCGGCUAGGAAGAACGUGGAGAGGACAUUUGGUGUGCUUCAGGCUCGUUGGAGAAUUAUGCGGAGUGCUGCAAUGAUGUGGGAAUCAGAAACUUUGUGGCAGCUGAUGACAUGUUGUGUUGUUCUGCACAAUAUGAUUGUCGAGGAUGAGGGUGAUGCUGUAGCCCAAACCCAUGAUUUCGAAGCACCCGGAGAACAAGUUGAAAUCGCAGAAGAUCAAGAUGUGGCUCAGCUUAUGAACUUUCUACAGAUGCAUCAGAAUCUUCGAAAUCAGCAGGUGCACACGCAGCUACUCAAUGAUCUUGUGGAGCAGAUGUGGAUCCACAAUGGCAACCAAGGAGGCAAUGCUUGA